AUGGAGGUCUUUUCCCUCAACAAAAUAUCCAUCUUGCUAUUUCUAUUGUUAGGGACCCUAACCACCUUGGCUCUAGGCCAAGGCACUCGGGUUGGCUUCUACAGUACCACCUGUCCAAGGGUCGAAUCCAUAGUCCGGUCUGCAGUUCAGUCUGGUGUUCGAUCUAACCCCAGAGCUGGACCUGGUUUACUAAGAAUGUUCUUCCAUGAUUGUUUUGUGAAUGGAUGUGAUGCAUCGAUCUUAAUUGAUGGGCCAUCAGCUGAAAAGACCGCGGUGCCCAAUGUCCCGAUAAGAGGCUUUGAAGUUAUCGAUGCUGCAAAGACCCAACUCGAAGCCACCUGCCCUGGAGUGGUCUCUUGCGCCGAUAUUCUUGCCCUUGCUGCCGUGAUACUUGGUGGAACUAGUUGGGGAGUGCCAACAGGCCGUAGAGAUGGAUUGGUUUCACAGGCAUCUGAUACUUCAAAUUUGCCAGCCUUUAACGAUCCUAUUAGUGUUCAAAUCAGAAAGUUUUCUAUGGUUUUCACCGACCAAGUUCUUGGCGCCGCUGUCGGGGAUUAA